AUGACAGAUGAGAUUGUUGCUCUCAAACGGCUGAAAAUUGAGAAAGAGCGAGAAGGGUUCCCUAUCACUGCUCUUAGGGAGAUCAACAUGCUUCUGAAAGCUGGCAAACAUGAAAAUAUUGUAAAUGUACAAGAGAUAUUGAUAGGAAGUAAUGCGGAUAAAAUAUAUUUGGCUAUGGAAUUUGUAGAGCAUGAUAUGAAAAAUCUCAUGGAUACCAUGCACAAACGCGGGAAACGUUUUUCAUUUGGCGAACAAAAAACAUUAAUGAGGCAGCUGUUAUCUGGAUUGAAGCACCUCCAUGAUAAUUGGAUUUUACAUCGUGAUUUGAAAACUUCUAAUUUGUUAUUUUCUCACAAAGGUAUAUUAAAGAUUGCCGAUUUCGGUCUCGCUAGAGAGUAUGGUGAUCCACUGAGAGCGUACACGGCCGUUGUUGUAACAUUGUGGUAUCGCGCACCAGAGCUGCUUCUCGGUCAAAAGGUGAGUUGGCUAUGCGUUGAGUGUUUUGCCUUUUGUAACAAUUCGAAAAUUUUUGGAGUGGUUACUUGA